CAAGUAUCAAACCAAAGUAUUUCCCAAUUAGAACUUGAAGGGUGCAGAUUGUAAUAACGUAAUUGACAUCCAGGAACAGUCUUGCUCCCUCAAUUUGAUCCCAACUGAUUAAUGUACUGCACAACAGGGGGAAGACCCCUUUCAGCAAAAUACCUUCUUCCUGUGCGUUGUAAAGAGUCCAGCAUAGUGCUUCUAAAUUUUAUUCUGACAGUCGAUGUUCGGCAUUGCGAAGUGCAAUAUUUUGAAAUUGAGAGAAACAAGUGUUUUCAAACAUUGAAGAGAUAACUUUGAUCUACAGAAAUCUAAUGACUUAAAAUUUACUUGCAUUAAUAAAAAACAAUGGAGUGUAAAAACGAAAGCGUGCGUCUGACCUUAGACUCAAUUAAAAAAAUUAUUACUAAAGAUGAACCAGAAGUUGAAAUUAUUAGCUUGGAAGAAGAGCCUGGUUCAGGAAGAGGCGAUAAUUACACGUCAAUGCUUUAUCGCCUGCGUGUUAUUGGUUUAAAACAACAGAAGAAUGGUGGUGAAAAGGUGAAAUGGGAACGUGCUAUCAUAUACAAGGUAUUGCCAGACUCACGGGAACGACGCGAGGCCUUCAAGAGUGAAACUCUGUUCAGGAAUGAGGUAGCAUUUUAUACUAAAGUGUGGCCAGCUCUAAAUGUUCUACAGCCAACAGGACAUCACGUCUUCGAUGGAGUGGCCAAAAUAUAUGAUGCACGUGACGAUCUUAUUGCGAUGGAAGAUUUAAGGGAGCUUGGUUUUCGAAUGGGUGACAGAAGAGCUGGACUGCAAGUUGAGCAGCUGCGACAAACGUUAGCAGCUUUAGCAGGCUUUCAUGCGCUUAGCCUUGCAUUAAAAGAAACAAGGCCAGACGAGUUCCAAGAGUUGAGCAGAAAAGGAGGAAAAGGUAUAGAAGAAGCAAUGUUCUGCAAAGAGAACGCAAAUUGGUAUAGACAAUACUACAGAGUCGCUGCCAGUAAUGCAAUUGCAAUGGUAUCUGAAGCUCUACCUCCCAUGUCACAUGACAAAAGGGAAGAUGUAAUGCGGAGAAUGAACAUUUUUUUAAAAGAAGAAACUUUCUUCCAUACGAUGUGCGAACUGGCUGCUACUGAAGGGCCUCUAACAGUUUUUUGUCACGGCGAUUGUUGGACCAACAAUAUCUUGUUUCGUAAAGAAUUAGAAUCUGACAAAAAGGUUGUAUGCUUUGUUGAUUUCCAACUGUCUCGGGUGGGUUCAUUGGCCCUUGAUUUAGCAACACUUCUCUAUUGUUGCACCAGCGGAGAAGUCAGACGUGCUCACAUGACAUCACUUUUACGCCAUUACCACCAUCACUUAACUUAUGCUCUAAAGAUGCUCAAUGUUCAAGAAGCUUUGAGAGAUCCUGAAAUCAUGUGGGAUAUUUUAACUGAAGAGCUGCGGAGAUGUGGACGCUUUGGGUUGGGCAUAGCAUUAGAUAUGCUUCCAAUAAGUACCUGUGCCAGCGACGAAGCCCCAGAUUUGUACGAGGAUGAAGAACAAAGCGAAAAAGUGGAGGGAGCCCAAGGGCCUCCACCCGGAGGUGUGGAGUGUGCACGUCUGAUGACUGACCUGGUAUUAGAGCUAAUAGAUAACCAGGCUCUAUGAAUUCGUUAGACCAUUAUUGUAACACAAUUUCUCAAUCCAAAGUAGAAAACACAAAUAAUCCAAUCUUAAUUAACCUAAAACGUUCUUAAACGUAAUAUGGUUUUUCAAUAUAUAUAUGAAUAAAAUGAUGUUAACGUAACCUUGAUUACUGGUACCCAAUUGUUUUAAUUCAUUUACGUUCUCCCUAUAGCAGUUUUGCGUUAUACUAUUUUAGUAUAGUGACAUCGUGUUUAACCUUAUUAUCUAUUUCCUAAAUUCGGUAAGAUCUUAUAUUACAAGAUGAUAACGGUGCACAAUAAUUGAUUUCAAAUAAUUAUAUAUAUAUAUAAUAUGUAUAUGUAUGUAAUAGUGUAUUGUACACGAAGAUCAUGAGUUGAUUAUAUUAUGAAUUAUUAUAAUAUAGGUACGAAGUCCAUGAAUGCAUUUUAAAAUUUGUUCAAACUUUCUCGCAAAAUGGUGUAAUAAUCAAAACAGCGUUUCAUGCUCCCUGAUUCAAUAAUUACUCUCAAAGCAUUCUGCAUAGAACAAAUGAUUGGUACGCACGAAAUUAACCAUUGUAGCUGGUCCGCAAUAUACAGCUUAAAUAUUACUCAUUUAUUCGGGAUGAAAUCAAAUUCUAACGGUAGUUGUUAUUGUAUUGGAAUAAUCGGUUGGCCCGGUAUA